UGGUGAAAUUAUUGUUGGAUUCGGGAAACAUGAUAGCAGUCAGAAUGAGUAUAGGGAACUAUCUCAACAGUUUCGCCCAUCCCGGGCACAACAUGAGAAAACCAUUCACCGAAAGUAUUCCCGAAGUCUCAGUCUAAUAGGGCCAUCAAGAAAGACUGCUAAGAAAGAAAAAGGAAGUUCGCUUGAGUUUCGUCUGUCCUGGGCACAACCACCUAUGUUAAUGUGA